AUAAGCAGUAUGGGGAAUAGGUUAGGGUUUCGAUUACAACAUAAGUGGUUUUAAUUUUGGGGAUUUUUGUAUUCCGAAGGCAUGGAUUCAUUACCUCCUACAAAGCGACGGCGUCAGAGUGAAGACGACGAGAAUGAAGUAUCAACACUUGAAAAGUUUUCACCAGUGGUCAUCUUCGCUCAUGGUGCUGGUGCUCCUUCCUCUUCUGAUUGGAUGCUAAGAUGGAAGACUAUGUUGAAGGAGGCACUGCACGCUGCUGAUGUUGUCACUUUUGACUAUCCUUACAUGUCUGGUGGGAAAAAGAGGGCUCCUCCUAAGGCAGAAAAACUGGUGGAGUUUCACUCAAAUAUUGUCAAGGAAACUGCAACUAAGUAUCCCGGUCGUCCCCUGAUACUGGCCGGCAAAUCAAUGGGUUCAAGAGUUGGCUGCAUGGUGGCUAGCUUGAAAGACAUUAAUGUUCAUGCUGUUGUAUGCUUGGGCUACCCAUUAAAGGGAAUGAAUGGUGCUGUUAGAGAUGAAACACUGUUACAGCUAACAGUUCCUACAAUGUUCGUACAGGGAAGCAAGGAUGGUCUCUGCCCGCUUGAGAAGUUAGAAGCCACUCGGCAGAAGAUGAAAGCGCUCAAUGAGCUGCAUGUCAUCAAUGGUGGUGAUCACUCUUUCAAGAUUGGUAAGAAGCAUCUGCAAGAAAAGGGUUCCACCCAACAUGAAGCUGAAGAUGUUGCUGUGCAGGCAAUUGCCGCAUUCAUUUCCAGGUCUCUUGAAGGAUGAUGAGUGCCCCUGCAUUUGUUGCUCCUGUAGUGUGUUAAGGUUUGUAUAUAUGAUUUGUUGUAUCUUGCU